UUAAAAAAUUAAUCUAUUUUUUAAAUAUAUUACUUUUAUUGAUAUUAAAUCCCAAAAGUUGCCCUAUUACCCUUAAAAGUUUUUUCUCUGUCUGAACUCUGAAUCUCCGAAGACGAAGAGAAUUAAAAGCAUCAACAAGCCUGAGAACGCGGACAAAUCAUCUUUAUGCACGGCUUUUUUGGCACUCUCAGACAUGGAACUCUCUCUCACCUUCCAAUACCAACCACCAAAACUACCUCAGUUUCGCCGGAGCUCUCAUUAUUUGAUCGGAGAUACAAGAAUUUGUCAAGUGUCCAAUUUUUCUCGACGAGCGAGUAGAAAUUUAACGGUUUUGACUCCAAAGACUUGCGGAGCGAUCGUUGCGAAGAAGAAAUCGACGAUCGAAAGCUUGAGUGAGGAGAUGAACUCAAUUGCCUCGCAGAAUAUGGACUUUGCACCUGCUCGUCGUCGGGUUCGAUCAGCUUUCAUGGAUGUGCAGCAAAAGCUCGACCACAUCUUGUUUAAGACGGUUCCACCUGGGAUAAGGACAGAGGAGUGGUAUGAACGAAACUCAAGAGGCCUGGAAAUUUUCUGCAAGAGCUGGUUGCCCAAGGAGAGUGUUCAAAUUAAGGGUGCUCUUUUUUUCUGCCACGGAUAUGGUAGUACUUGCACAUUCUUCUUCGAGGGGAUUGCAAAGAGAAUCGCUUCUUCUGGGUAUGGAGUUUAUGCACUGGACUACCCGGGCUUCGGCCUCUCUGAAGGACUGCAUGGUUAUAUCCCAGAUUUUGACGAAUUAGUGGAUGAUGUCAUUGAACGUUACAGAAACAUCAAAGGAAGGCCAGAAUUGAAUGGGUUGCCUCACUUCAUCUUGGGACAGUCCAUGGGAGGAGCUGUUUCUCUCAAGGUUCAUCUGAAGCAACCAGAUGAAUGGGAUGGAGUUGUUCUUGUUGCCCCAAUGUGCAAAAUUGCAGAGGAUGUGAUGCCACCACCAGCAGUUUUAAAGAUACUAACUUUUAUGUCUAAAGUUAUUCCUGAGGCAAAGCUCUUCCCAGAGAAAGAUAUAGCAGAUCUGUCAUUCAGAGACUCAAGGAAAAGGAAAAUGGCUGCAUAUAAUGUGAUUGCAUACUCUGAUCAAAUGCGACUGAAGAAUGCAGUUGAACUUUUGAAGGCCACAAAAGAUAUUGAGUCACAGGUGGAGAAGGUUUCAUCCCCAUUGCUUGUUCUUCAUGGAGAUGCAGACAAGGUGACAGAUCCAUUAGUGAGCAAGUUUCUUUAUGAGAAGGCUUCCAGUAAGGACAAAACCCUAAAGCUCUAUGAAGAAGGUUACCAUUCCAUUCUGGAAGGGGAACCAGAUGAUAGGAUUCUUAACAUCCUAGAUGAUAUUGUCUCGUGGCUUGACUCUAGAUGUGCAGUCAAGUAGAAUUGGUGUCUGCUUUGAUCGUUUGAGAUCCUUGAUCCACUGCUUUAUUCUGUUCUACCGUCAUUCCUUUAUAUCUGUUUCUUGUAUUAUUGCCCAGAAACUUGGUGGGAAAUGGAUUUUGGAGACAAAACCAUAAUAAAUGCAGAAGGCACAAUUUUUCAAA